AUGAGAGAAGAGGACAAACCUGAACAAGUUAUGAUCAGUUCCCAAACAUGGUAUAAAGUGUCAUAACCGGAACAUCAAUCUUUGUCUAUUCCUACUCCAAUUUCUUCUGAUAAUCAAAAUUAUCCGUUCUCUCACUAGAAUGCAGCUUCAAAACCUCUCCCUCCCUAGAACCCUAAACCCUCAACUCUCUCCCUUUCACUUCUCCUUUCCCCCCAAAUUCCACAAUCCUCUUCUCAGAACGCUACCCCGAAUUCGUCCUUUUGCCGCGAGUCUGAGGUCUCCGACAAUCCACGCACUGACCCCUAAACCCGAAUUCUCCCGCCGAAAUGCCAACCAGCGCUCGGACCUCCGGUCAUUCGCCGGACGGAGCAAAGGGAAACCCGGUGGCUCCUCUACCGGCCGUAUCGAGGGCGACGCGGAGCUCCGCCGAGAGGCUAAGCGGAAUGCUCGUCGGAAAAGCAAGAAAAUGGCGGAGAGCCUAUUUUACAGGAUGAAGAAUCCCCACAAGAAUUACCCGGAUAACUUCUCUGAGGAUGAGCUCCAAAUGAUCGGUCUGGGCUAUGAUAGGAUGGUUAGGUUCAUGGACAAGGAUGACCCCAACUUAAAGCAUCCGUACGAUUGGUACAAAUACGGUGAAUUUGGACCCUAUUCUUGGCGUGGUCUGGUAUUGGGUGACCCUAUUCGUGGGAGUUUUUCUGAUGAACGGGUGACCAUGAUUGGCGAGGUUAGGGAUCAAGAGGAGUGGGAAAAGAUCGAACAGCACGAUAUGGCCACAGAUUUUCAGAAAAGACUGGAUGCUAUGGAUAAGAACAAGGGAUUGAGGUACUUCUGGGUGUUUGUUAGGCAUCCGAAAUGGAGGGUUUCUGAUUUGCCUUGGCAGCAGUGGACUUUGGUGUGUGAGGUGGCACUCGAGGCAGGGGAUCAGAGGUUGGAUAAAUGGACUUUGAUGGGGAGGCUUGGGAAUAAGGCGCGGGCAAUGAUUACCCAGUGUGCAGCCUGGAUGAGGCCAGACAUAAUAUAUGUGCAGAGGCCGGUUUAUCAAUGCAGAUUUGAGCCUCAGGAUGAAUUUUUCGCGGCAUUAGCACCACUGCUUGACCCAGAAACUGAGGAGGAUUACAUGUGUGAGCUGGUGAAUGAUGAUGGAAGCGUGGAGAUGUGUACGUAUUUUGGUGGGCUGUGUAAGAUUGUGAGAGUGAACCCAAAGGCAUUUGUGGAUGAUGUGGUUAAGGGAUUUGAGAAGCUGAGUGAUGAGAAGAAGUCCAAGUGUUUGGAGUUUUUGUUGAACAAUCAUCCGGUGAUGUUGUUGCAUCCAUAUACAAAGGAGUGGAAGGCGAAGUUGGAGGAAAUGGAGUUGGGUUGUGAUGCACCUGAUGAUGAUGAUAAUCAUGGUGGUAACGAGGGGGAUAAUGAGAUCAUUGAUUGGAUUGAGGAUGACGGCAAUGAUGAUGGUGGUGAUAUUGAUGAAGUGAAUGAGGAUGAUGACGAUUAUGGCGUUUCAGAUGCUGUCAUUCUUGAUGCAAAAGGAAAUGGGGAUGAGGGGUUAGGAAUCCAGGAAGACGAGGAUCCAGAACCAGAAAAAGAUGCUAGGUAUUGGGACGAGGAGUUCAAGAAGGCAAUAAAAAGCAACGAAGCUAUGGAAAAGCUUGUAGAGCGAAGUGCAGAGAUAUCUAACAAGUUCUAUGAGAAACAACUCAAGUCAAUGCAGAAGCAAACAAGACAAACUUCAGGUGACGGAGAUGAACUGGAAAUGCGAGGUAGAAGGGCUAAAGUGAGUCCACAAGAAUGGAAGUUGCUCGGCUAUGGUCCAUAUAGGAAGAAGAUCAGCAAGAGUAAGAUCCCUCCCGGCUUGUUCUUACGUGCUGCCGUUAGACCAUUUACCUACAGAAAUCUUGUUAAGGAGAUUGUCCUGACAAGACAUGCAAUUGUGGAAGGUGAGAUUGGUAGGAAGAGGUAAAGCCUUUUUGCUUGUAGAUGACUAAGUAUGGUUCUUCUCAACGUUAUUGAGAUUAUGAACUGAUAGGCAUGUAUUAUUUACUUAAUUCAAGGAACAAAACGUUCCCAAAUUCCUAAAAUGAAUGGCAGUGAGACUCAAAA